GAGAUUAAUUGUAGAGAGAGAGAAAGAUGAGUGAGAAAAGAGAGGAGGAGGUUCAUGUAGUGAUGCUACCAUGGUUAGCAUUUGGCCACAUGAUUCCAUUCUUGGAUUUAUCAAUUGAGUUGGCCAAAUCCAACAUCCACGUGUCAUUUCUCUCUACCCCAAGAAACAUCCAACGACUCCCCCAAAUCCCACCUAACCUAAUACCCUUCAUUGAUUUCGUCCCCCUCCCACUCGAAUAUUCCGGCGGCCUCCUCCCGGAAUAUGCCGAAGCCACCAUCGACAUUACGGUCGACAGAAUGAACGAUCUCAAGAUUGCAUCCGACCUUCUCCGACAACCGAUUAAGGAUUUCAUGGCGGAAAAGUUGCCGGACUGGAUCGUGGUCGAUUUCUUUCCGUACUGGAUAGUUGACAUUGCUCGGGAUCUGAGCAUCCCGAUCAUCUCCCACUGUGUGUUCGCCGCCGCCGCCGCUGCCUUCUUCUGGUCGCCGGAGUUUCUCUCCGGGGAGGGGCGGAGGAGUGCGAGGCCGUCGCCUGAGGACUUCACCGCCCCGCCGGACUGGUUCGAUUUCCUGUCGGAGGUGGCUCUGAGCAAGCACGAAGCUAAAGCUAUGCACCACGUAUUGUACGACGUGAACUCCUCCGGCAUCGCCGACGGCGACCGGCUGACGAGACUGCUCCAAGCCAGCGCCGCCGUGUCCAUACGCACGUGCACGGACUUCGAACCCGAUUACCUGGGACUAUACUCGAAGCUCACCGGAAAACCCGUGAUUCCGAUAGGUCUUCUCCCGCCGGAAACACCGCCGGACCGGCCGCCGCCGCGUCAGGAGGCCGCGAUCUUCAACUGGCUGGACCGGCAGAAGCCGCGAUCGGCGGUGUUCGUAGGGUUCGGGAGUGAAACUAAACUCAACAGAGAACAUAUCCACGAGAUUGCACACGGGCUCGAACUUUCCGGCGUACCGUUCUUAUGGGCAAUGAGGAAACCAGACAACGAGGCGCUGCCGGCGGGGUUCCUCCAGCGUACGGCGGAGCAAGGGGUGGUGCACUUGGGGUGGGCCCCGCAGAGGGAGAUACUCGGCCACCCUUCGAUCGGUGGGUCACUAUUCCAUGGCGGGUGGGGGUCGAUUAUCGAAACGCUGCAGUACGGUCACGCGCUCGUACUUCUGCCGUUUGUGUUCGACCAGCCGUUGAACACGAAGCUGAUGGUGGAGAAGGGUUUGGGGGUUGAAGUCGAGAGGGACGGAGAAGAUGGAUCGUUUACCAGAAACGACGUCGCUUCUGCACUCAAGAAAGGGAUGGUUUCCGAUGUUGAACUCAGAGCGCGGUGCCGGAAAGCCGGCCGUGAAAUAUUCGGGAAUCAGGAUCUUCAUCGGGCUUAUGUUGAGAAGUUUGUCCGGUUUUUGAAAGGUCCACAAACAAUAACAAGCCACGCAAAAUGA